GAGUGAUGGAUUGAUGGCUUGAAAUAUUUGAAAAUACUAACACUCUUUUAGUCAAUCAAGCCAUCAUAAUCGACACUGCUCAAUAAACAAUUGCCAAUUUCAAUGUCUUGCCCCGCUUUUGUCGGCAGAAAAACUUUAGUUUAUUAUUUCCUCUACAAAAAUUAAUGCCUUCGUGGUGAUAUAUGGAGGGUUUUUCAUUUCAUUUGCCAAGUACUGGAAAUUAUUAUCAGACCUCCAUGAGUUGACGUGGCGGAAAUGCCAAAAAACUGGAGUGCUGCAUGAUUUGCAUAAAAUGUGCUAAAUUGUUGCCCACUUUCGAGGCAACUAUAGCUCUCCAGCUAAAGAAAUACCUUUAUUUGUCGACAAUUAUUAAAGUGGACCUUAACAGCCUGGAUAUGAGAAUCUUAGCCAACUAUUUAACCCACAACUGGCCAACGUCGGACAGAAAACUUACCUGAAAUAUAUGCAAAAUGGCGCAUUAGCAUUUCAACAAUUCCGUGUCGUACCACCCAACCGAGACACCACCCCUUAUUUUUAUCCAUGUCCUGGCCACAGGCCACCUCCAUUACCACCCCCAGGUACAUGCCUAUAAUUUCGUUAUUUCGUAUUUUCUGACCAGGCCGAAACAGUCAUUUCAGUUGAGUUUGGUACGUCGACGCGAAUGGUUCUCUUAACCGGGUUAAAUUUAUUUUGCAUUGUCUCGGGACCUCAGCCAGUUCGAGCCUUUUCCUUCAGUGGACUUUUUCCGGUAUUUUAAAUUUUUUGGCCAGUGGCGUGUCCGGAAAGUUUCCGAAGCAAAACAAAACUAUUUGAUCAAACAUCAAACGGAUGGCGGCCAGUGCAGGAGCAAGCAGCUGGUCGGGUAGCAGUGGAGGCAGUAACUCUUCCCAAGGACGAUCUAUGGCCACAGCACAGCCAGCGCAGGAGGAACGCCUUGUGGUGGCUGUCCGUGUCCGUCCCAGUUUGGAGGCCACGGAGCGUUGCAUUGAAGUCAUCUCUGGCGGAUCUCUGCUCUACGAUGAUGGAGGAAAGAGUCGUCCACGUCAGUAUUCAUAUGAUCAUGUUUUCCGCGAAAAUGAUACACAGGAACAGGUAUACAAAACUACUACGGCUCCAUUGGUAAGAGACGUAUUAAAUGGAUUGAAUGCUGCUGUUUUUGCAUACGGAGCCACUGGUUCCGGCAAGACGCAUACCAUGUUGGGUCCCGUGCCGCGCAAGAAGCCGCAAACCGCUGACCGAGCUCCACCCACCGCCACAUGCGAUUCCACGGAUGUGAGUAGCCAGGACAUCGGACUGAUGGUGCGUGCUAUUGAAGACAUUUUUAGUCAUAUUGAAUCGGCGGAUGUCGAUUCCUGUAGAGUAUCUAUAUCCUACCUAGAAAUUUACAAUGAGCUUAUAAGGGAUCUUUUGAAUCCGGGCGGACCUUUGGAAUUGAGGGAGGACCACGGGGGGCAGCGAAUAACCGUUGCGGGUCUCUCGGAGAUUACCACAUCGAGCAGAAAAGAGGUUGUGGGCUUACUACUUAAAGGUAAUAAAGCACGUACCAUGGAGCCCACCGCCGCAAAUCAAACCUCCUCCAGGAGUCACGCCCUACUUAGUAUAACGGUGCAAACAAGGACUCCCUUAGGCACAAAGCAAGGCCGACUGUUUCUUACGGAUUUGGCAGGAUCCGAGAGGGCUAAGAAGACAAAAAACCGGGGAAAGCGAUUACAGGAAGGCGCACACAUCAACCGAAGUUUGUUGGCACUAGGCAACUGCAUCAAUGCACUUUCCGGAGGAGCACGUUACGUAAACUACAGGGAUUCAAAGUUAACUAGACUCCUUAAGGAGGCUUUGAGCGGUCGCUGCAAAACUGUAAUGAUAGCCCACGUGGCUCCAGAAAGUAAACAUCGGGAUGAGACGAAGAACACUCUAGUUUAUGCAGAUCGUGCUAAUAGCAUUACUACCAAACUACAGAACUCCGUUUAUAUCGAUGAGUUUAAGGACUUCCCCACCAAGCACUACCAAAGUUUGGUAUCUGAGCUUCGCGAUGAAGUUUCCCGCUUGCGGACCAAGAUGCUAACCGAUCGUCCCCGAAGUGGGGCAGCUGCAGCGGCUCAGACGGCGGCUGCACCUUCCUCAGCCUCCGGCACGGGAGCAACCGAAGGUCCGACUGGUGUCCAAGAGCAUGACGAUCAACGAAAGACAGAGCUACGCUACUUGCGCGAACAGAUCGUACUUACCUUCAAGCAGCAGAUGAAGCUACGUAGAAAGCUCUUAGAGGCAGAGAGUCAUCUUCUUGGCUUGGAGCUAGAUGCUGAGAGACAGCAUAUGAUCAUCUCUCAUUGGCAGGGGCGCAUAGGAAAGCUCUACGAUGCCUUGGGUGACGAUGAUCUUGAAUCCGAAGGCUCGGUAGCGCUGAAGAAUGCCUGGGGUGAACUGGCAGCUAUCGAAAAGGAGACACGUCGCUACAAGGAAAUCCGUGAACGCACUGAGCACGAGCUGGAGCAAUGCCGUCAGAAGGGAGUUAAGUUGGAGGAUGAAUUACCGGAACGUAUCAGCAGCGAUGAAGAACGAGAGCUACUGGCGCUGCUCUGUCGUGUCCACGAAUUGGAAGCAGACAAGGUGUCUUUGCAGGCGGAAAGACUUGCUCGCCAGGCGGAGCUACGUCGGCGCGAUUUACAGUUGCUACGUGCGGAGCGCCAACGGCGACUUUGCGAGGACAUCAUAAGCUCCCAGCGACGCCUCAUUGAGGAAGGUAACGUCGACCUUCCGGAUGAGCUGCGCGAGCUUUAUGGACUGUAUCAACAGGAAAUCCAUGCGGGAGUAGUGACACCCAGCACCAGCAGCUACGAAAAAAAGCUGCCUCCCAUCUACACGGCCGGGUCUGACUCGCCGGGUUCCAGUUCCAGUUCGGAAUGGUCGCCAGCUUCGCCUCUUCCUCCAAUAGAGAACCAGGUGGACGCCGUGGACAGAGUCAUGGGUCCCCCAGUGAAUCCGCGCCUGCCUCGUCUCACCACCACAGCCGCCGGAGGAUCACGACGACCAUCCCUACGCGUGUCUCGGAACACUAAUCCUCAUCUACAUCCGUAGGAUAAUUUGGCGACCAAUACAAGAGGUGCUCAGGAAUAGUUGUAACUAACGGUUAGGAUAAUGGGAAUCACGAUACGCUGGUCUGCUCAAAAUACUUUUUGUAUUAUAAUUUACUACCUAAUCACGUUAAAAUAUAUGUAUGUAAAUCUUUAAAUAUUUCAAUAAAUAAGAAAACUUUAAGUUCAUUCUAAUGCGUAUGUUGUAAGGGCUUUACCAUUUGAGUUUGAAUAAAAAGUGUAAAAUUUUUUCUGCUUUUUUCGUAUAUAGAAAGCAUUGAAAAAGUUGGUUGCCAUUCAUUUCGUAUCUCUCAUUUAAAGAUAUUCAUAGAUUAACACAUUUGUAACAAUUUUAUUUAGACAAAGCGGUGUGCCACUGCUCGAAAACAUCGAGCUAAAAAAUUCGAAGAUAUAUAGAUAGCAAUUUUGAUCUGGACCGAAGGAUACAUCUGGAAUGCAGCAUUGAAUGUUUAAAAAGCGCAACUAAACAACUAAGAGCCAGCAAUAAUUAUAAAAAAUGAUAUCUAAUCGUGUUUACUCAAAAAAAUGCACCAACCGUGGCACAAUAAUUGAUCGCGAAUGCCAAUGUUCCAUGAGAACUUCAAGACAAACAACCGCAUGUAAAAAAUUCACAAACCACGGCACCUUUAUGACUUCUGGAUGCUCAAUAAAUAACUUUGAGAAUUAUGGAAUCUUCAUAACAAAAAAAUGUGGUUUGUCAGGAGGAUGCGAUGACAUUGCGGUUGGUAAAUUCAAAAAUUAUGGCACAAUGAUAAUCCACGACUGCUCGUGUGUCAGCGACGACAGUCAGCAGAUUCGCACAAACCAUUUCGAAAACUAUGGAACAAUCAUUCGAUGCCACUCUGAGUGCCACAGGGAAAGCUCGGUGGUGAUCACUGAGAUCGUGGAUAUUCCACCGGCAAUUAUGCCGCCAGAAACCCCAUCGCCACAUCCAAAAAACUCCAUUUUGCCGCCAGAAGCUUCUCAAAAACCAAAAAGUUCAAGAAGGCAGGAUAAUUUGGAGGAUUCUUCUGAUUAAAUAGGAACCACCAAACAUUCAACAAUCAAAAUAUACAAUUUUAAAUUCUGAGGAACAGUCGUUAGGAAAAACCAGUUACUGGAUUUCAUAUAAGAGGAAAAUUAUUUUAAAAAUCAUUGGAACUAUGAAAAACUUCGGAAAUAUGAAUUCAUACUUUAAUAUGUAUCAAUAUUUUACAUAAUCUUGCAACUUUAAAAGGAUGGGACUCGAAUAUUUCAAUUUAUGCGUUAAAACGAAAUUCAAUGUAACGAUGGCAUAGAGUUUGUCUACUUUAUAAUAUUAAUAAAUGUUCCUUAUAUGUUCAUAUA